AUGGUCCUGGAGAACGAUGUAGAAGUCGGAGAGAGUCUGCCGCCGGCAACUGAGCACGCCGUUAGUGUGUCACUGCCGACAUGGCGGGCAAACGUUGGAUAUGAAGAGGGUGAAGAAUGGGUCAUCAGCAAAAUGAAGACUGGCUAUCCUAGAUUCUUCAUACACAAGAUCAUACAAGCCUUUGCGGCUGCAAUUGUCGACAAGCAUGGCAAAGAGGGAGAGAGUGCAAUGCUGUUCCCCACAAACGCAACUGCAUCGAGGUGUCAAGAAUUCUUCCUACGACAAGCACCAGACCUGGAUGCGUCGCAAGUUCGGAUUUUGGAUUUCGUACCGGCAGCUGAAAGAGCUCGCUCUGACGAAUUGCAAAUUAUUUCACCGAGAGUAUCAGCCGUCCUCUUCCCAAAAGAUCGCUUCAGCAUCGCAAAGACAUUUUGGCAGCACUCCGGAGAUGGUGUCUCAAGUCGUAGAGCAGAGUACUGCUCUCAGCUCUUCAAGGAGGGCGUUUUGGUAGAGGCUUCCACUGUCAACCAGCCAGCAAGAGUGUGCAAAGGACCCAGACGGUAUCAGAAGCAGACGUCGAUUGACCUGGGCGCUUCGGACACAUCCACCAACGGCAACGGAGAAGUGCAAGAUCCUUCGCAGUUCGUCGAAGAAAGAUUCGGACGCAACUUGGAUCUCUCAAAAACCAAGAAUGCAAAGUUGGCCAUUCGAAGGCGCAUUGCAGGUUCAUUAACCGCAGACGUCAGCUUGGCAGAAGCAAUGACCCUGGAUCAUGACGCGGCAAGGAAGAGGCCUGUAGCAGGCUUCUCCGAAGAUGACGUCUAUCUGUAUCCCACUGGAAUGAGCUCCAUUUUCAACUCUCACCGGAAUCUACUCAGAGCAAAGGGCUCAAAGAGGGCUAUCGUCUAUGGCUUCCCAUACAUCGACACCUUGAAAAUCACCGAGAAGUUCGGUCCUGGUUCACAGUUCUACGGCUUCGGUUCAUCGGAAGAGCUAGACGACCUCGAGCAACGAUUAGAAGGUGGCGAGAGAUUCGUCGCCCUCUUCACCGAGUUCCCCGGAAACCCGUUACUCAGAUCCCCGGACCUAGAGCGCAUACGUAAACUAGCCGACAAGUACGACUUCUGCGUAGUCGUAGAUGAGACGAUUGGCAACUUCAUCAACGUCAAUGUUCUGCAGUAUGCGGACGUUGUCGUCAGCAGUCUGACUAAGGUAUUCAGCGGAGACAGCAAUGUCAUGGGUGGAGGACUUGUGCUCAACCCUAACGCAAAGAACUACGCCCUCCUCAAGCGCACAUGGGAAGAAGACUACGAAGACAACCACUGGGCUGAAGACAGCAUCUUCCUCGAGCGCAACAGCCGUGACUUUGUCUCGAGGAUCGAUCUGAAACAAGUAAACUACCCCAAAACCUCACCAACGCGUCCCUUCUACGAGAAAUGCCGCAACCCCUCCGGUGGCUACGGCGGCCUCCUCUCCGCCACCUUCUACACAAAAGCCGACGCAAUCGCCUUCUUCGAUAACCUCGAUACCGUCAAGGGACCCAGUCUAGGUACAAACUUUACGCUCAGCUCGCCGUAUGUGAUCUUGGCGCAUUAUGGCGAGUUGGACUGGUGUGCGAAAUGGGGCGUGGAAGCGGAUUUGAUUCGAUUUAGUGUUGGGUUGGAGGAGACGAGCAAGUUGGUCGAGACGUUCAAGAGGGCGCUGGAUGCGAUUCCUGCUGCAGAGUAG